CUCUGCUCACUGGCUGCAGUGAUGUACCAGCUGCCCGGACUCCACUCCUCCUCGUCCUCCUCCUCGUCUCUGUCCACCUCCACAGCUCCUCAGCGAGUGUCCAGCAGAGAUGUCGGGGACUCUGUAGGACUCGGUGGAGGAACCACAGAGCAGAGGACUGGCUGUUAUGCUGGUGGAGAGUCGCUGUGAGAACUAGAUGUGAAGGUGAAGCACCAAGGUCAUGAUCAACUGGCCCAAUGUGACAGCGUCCAGCGACCAGGAGCUGGGCCAGAAACCAGAGGAGCUGCAGAAGUCCCAAUGUGUCCUGGGCUUCAUCCCUGUCAUCUACUACAGCGUGCUGCUCUGUGUGGGAGUACCAGUGAACAUCCUCACGGCGGUGGCGUUAUCCAGACUGGCGUGCCGCACAAAGAAAGCUCUGUACUACUACCUCCUGGCGGUGACGGGCUCCGACAUCCUCUCUCAGCUCUUCAUCAUCUUCGUCGGCUUCCUGCUGGAGACGGCCGUGUUCCACCGCGAGGUCCCUUCACUCCUGCUGCACUCUGUCAGCGCCGCCGAGUUCGCCGCCAACCACGCCUCCAUCUGGUCCACCGUGCCCCUCACUGUGGACCGCUACGUGGCGCUGUGCCACCCGCUGCUCCACCGCCAGAUCAGCUACCCGGCCCGGGCCCGGAAGAUCAUCGCGAUGGUGCUGGCGUUGUCGCUCGUGUCGGGCGUGCCGUUCUUCUGGUGGUCGGACAUGUGGAGGAACAGCCACCCGCCCACGGCGCUGGACACCGUGCUCAUAUGGACGCACGUGACCAUCAUCUACUUCCUGCCCUGCAGCAUCUUCCUGGUGCUGAACUCUCUGAUCAUCCACACGCUGAGGGUGAGGCAGAGGCAGCAGCGUUGCGAGGAGGAGUGCGGGCCGAAGUCCGCCCCUCCUCGGAGACUCGGGAAGACGACCGCCAUGCUGCUCGCCAUCACCUCCGUGUUCUCCGUGCUGUGGGCGCCGAGGACCGUGGUGGUCAUCUACCACCUGUACGUCUCUUCGGUGCACAGCGACUGGCGCGUCCACCUGGCCUACGACCUGUCCAACAUGCUCGCCAUGCUCAACACGGCCGUGAACUUCUUCCUCUACUGCUUCGUCAGCAAGCCGUUCCGAGGCGCCGUGCGGGACGUCGUGCUGCUCCGCGGGGGUCCGCUGCAUCCGCAUCGGGCUCUGCCGCAACAACACGCCCCCACCAACGCCUCCAUGUCCUCUCUGGACAGCGGGAACAACAAGCGCUCGCAGCGGGACUCCACCCCCUUGUCGCCUCGCAGGGCCCGAAAGCCCUCGUGACCCCGGAGGCGAGCCCCCUUCCUCUUAAUCAAAAACACCCGGCGUCCCACGGCCCCUGAGCAUUUCUGACCCCGGAGACGCACAGUGUGGACAUCUGCCAGUCGGCCCCUGGAGCUCCCUCAAAGGGCCUCAAGUGAACUUUAAAGACUUUUUUUAUAUCGUCAUGUGUCACUGGAUGUUCUCGGUUGGUGUAAAUCAGAUGAAUUAGAGCGUAUUUAUUUUUCCUGGAAUGAUUUGUAAAAAGAAAAGUAGUUUUUUUUUAUAUGUUUUUUCUUUUCCAUACAUGGUAAGAAUGUCAGUAAAAACGUUUUUAUAGAUUUACGAGCAUUGAGAUUUAUUCAGCAGUCAGAUCCACAGGGAGAUCCUCAAAGGAGAGUGAAUAUUGAAAAACAUCACCCUGAACUUAUGUUCUUUUUUUUUCUUCGUCUGCUUCAAACUUCUGCUCACUUACAUCACCAAACAUGUUCAGUGAAUUUGCUGUAAUAGUUGUUUCGGUGGCAUGAGGGCUGAAUGAAUUUACCUGAAAUGAACGGCAAAUAACGGGGACGUGUUUCCUCACACCUGUCAAUAUUUUUCACUUCAGAAGAGGAUGCUGGAGUGGGGCUG